AUGAGUGUCUCGGAAGACGAAGAUACUUUCGAUGAAGACCUCAAACCGGCACCCAUCUUCCACAGAGGUCGUUUGCACGAGAGUAGCUCAUUCGCACGCCUUUCGACGGCAAUUCGACGAUCGCUUCGGCUUCCCAGUCGAACGUCAAGCACCCGUUCCAGCCGUGAGAAAGAAGAUUCCGAGUGGGAGAGCAUACUCAAGAAGGAUGUCUUUCCUCGUUUCACAAAAAAUAGUGACACACCGAUUGGCUCGAGCACAGUACCAUCCAGACUUGAUGAGAUUCGAGAUAAUCGCAGGCUAAAUCGGAUAGAUAAGCGAAAUCUCAUCAACCGGCAAUUUCUCAGCGAAGAAGGCGUUGUGGUGAACAAUUUCGACUUAAAUGAACAAGGAGCUGUGCGUUUACUCCGCUUACUCACCGUUAUCGAACAUCUACGACCGGAAAUUAAUGGCUUUCCGCUUUAUGUGGCGCCUCAUGUGGCUGCGACAUCAUGGAAGCACGAAGACGAUUCGCUUGCGUACCAAACAUUUGCUCGUUUGGGCGUCAAGAAACACAAACCACACGCCUACGCAAUGCUGAAGCGACGAAUUGGCACUGCGGAUGACGCGAUUCUAGUGAAAGCGCUUCGAGACUGGCUUUCAUGGAUCUUCAGCGGGCUCCCGUUGAGCCAUGUGGUGAGAAUUAUCGACUGCUACCUGGUGGAGGGUCAUAAGUUUGUCACCAGAGCGGCAAUUGCGAUCGUUUAUAUUUGGGCGAAGUCGUCGAAGAAUCGACCGCAUGAAGAAUUGAAUGGCAAAUCACAAGAAGAAAGAGUAGAAGCAGUGAAAGCAGAACUUGCCAGUACAGCGGCACAGAUGCAGAUAUCGACCGAGACCUUUAUACAAACUGCGAUUCGGAUUAGAAAUCUACAAAGUUCAACGAUCAGCCGGUUGCAGGCGCAGUUUGAGAAUAAGGUUCGUGAGGAGGUUACCCGUCGACAAUCACAAAAGCGAGCUUUGCCGAGAAGGGCUCGUCAUUUGUUCACUCAGCCCUUUUCCUCUGUCAUAGUGGACCAAGAUGCAGCUGCGGAAAUUAUGUCAGCGCUACCUCCUCGUCUUCAGCUGGCAACUCCACAACUGCUGUUCCGAUUAAGCGUUGAUGGCGCGAAAUUGAUCACGCGGAACAGACACCUCCUACUCAUAAAAACUACGAAAGGAGUGAAGUUUGGUGCUUACUGUAGUUCGUCAUGGGCUGAACGGAAUGAUCGUCGAGAACGGUCCAAGUCAAAGUACUUUGGCACUGGAGAAUCUUUUGUGUGGGUGCUCGAGGAAGAGCUUGAGCUUCCCAUAAUUUAUGGCUGGAUUGGUAACAAUAACGAGCAUCCAGAUACCUGCCCACAGAUGUUUAUGGCGGCUGGCGAUAAGUUGCUUGUGAUCGGUUCUGGAGACGGAGAUUCGAUUCGUAUCUCAGAGGAGCUCACCCACGGUAUGUCGUCCGCAUGUCAGACUUUUGGCAGCCCGGCUCUAGUGCCAAGUCGCAGCUUUGAUAUUCAUGAGCUGGAAGUCUUUGACGUCCUCACUGGCUCAUGA